UAAUAUUACUAUCGAUUUAUUGACAUACUAUCGUACACAAUGAGCUCCACUGAAUCUGAUGACUCUGGAUCGUCUGGAUCCGAGAUGGAGUCAGUUUGGGAAGGUGACGGUGUUGCUUACAGUAUCUUUGAUGACUUCCAAUCCCCGUAUGCCGUGGAAGUAUAUCGGCACAUGGCAUCUAAGUUUGGUUUUUGUCAUAGUAUAUUGGGUAAGGGCACAUUACAUCGUAUAGCUUUGGUAACCUACCUUGAGCGUGAGAAGGCUCGUGGUUCAGAUCCUUUGGAAUCCUACCGUCGUGUUUGUGCGGAUCCUUCUAUAGUACUCGAUCAUUUAGAUGAGUACAUAAACCCUCCAUUUAGCAAUGAGAAGUUGAUUUGGGACUUUUUGGAAUCCAGUGAUGAGGAGGAUGACGAGGGUGUGUUCCAACGUCACCUUCAUUUAGAGCGUGGUACUAAAACUGCAAAAUCGCAAACCAAAAAGUGCAUCCAGGAUGAUGACUAUUUCAAGGGCUACAAAAACCUUGCUAUACACCGUGAGAUGGUGAACGAUCGCGUUAGGACGGGUGCUUAUGAGUCUUUCAUUAGGCUCAACAAAUCGCUUUUCAAGGACAAGGUGGUUCUUGAUGUUGGUUCUGGUUGCGGCAUACUAUCGCUAUUUGCCGCUAAGGCUGGUGCUCGUUUGGUUGUUGGCAUUGACAAUUGUGACAACAUGAUUAAGAUGUCUGAAAAUCAUGCUCGUAUCAACGGUAUUGGUAAUGUCCAGUUUUUACAUGGGAAGGUUGAGGAUUCCGAUCUAGUUUACUCUGGCGGCGUUGUGCAGUUCAAGCGUGACGACCUUCCUUGUGAACCCUUUAAGUGUGACAUUCUUAUUUCGGAAUGGAUGGGUUAUGCUCUUUUAUAUGAAAACAUGCUUUCUUCGGUGUUAUUUGCUCGUGAUAGAUAUCUUAUAUCGGGUGGUCUGAUGGUUCCUAGUAAGGUUAAGUUAGGGCUCUUUGCUGUGGACAUGUACGACGACAUAAAGUCUAAGUUGAACGAAUGGGAUGAACGUAAAUAUGGACUCAUCCUUGAUGGUUUGCGUUACGAGGCACAUGAACUGCUUAAGGAGCCAGUCGUUGAAGUGGUCGACCCAUCGCGUAUUGUCAGCGAUGCGAGUGGCAUUUGCAUCCUAGAUUUGGGACGCUUGAAUGUGCAAGAUUUGGGCAAGGCGCAUGAAUUCCAGGUAGCCAUACACGACGGCUGCAAAUGCUCAUCUCUAGCUCUAUACUUUGACUGCAUCUUUGAGCCUGUUGCUAGUGACAGUGCCAAUGUCAUACAAUCGCUAAAGGGCAAACGCUUCCACACACUGGAAUCUUAUCGGGAAGUUCUUGGUAUUGAUGAACUCACGUCAUACGUAACUUCACCUGAUUAUCCACACCCCGAGGAACCUAUGAGCACUGCUGUUGUGAUGUCAACAAGGGCUGACCAGCCGCCUACUCAUUGGAAGCAAGUUAUAUUACAUCUUACGGAUCACAAUAACAUGCCUGUGGCCAUACAAGGCGCCAUUGGCGGCAAACUAUCGCUUCUUAACAAUUCCAGCAAUUGCAGAUGGUUGGACAUAUUAUUCCAGCCGGAUGACACCUCGUUGCUGGGCGAGUGUUACUAUAAGCUGAUGUAGUCCUGUAGAGGCACUAAGUUAGCUUUAUAUUUCAUA